CCCUGACAUUCGUGUUUCGAGAGUCUUGAAAGUCAAACACUAGUUUAGUAAAACUGGGAAGUGAGUUGCAUUACAAUAAAAAAUAAUAAAUUAGUGCCUUUGUCAUAGGAAAUAGAAAAAAAAACGUUAAUGUGUAACUAGUGUUAAAUUACAACUGGAUGUGUUUGUGUAAACAUGCGUGAAAGUCAACGCCGCCUGGCGUCUGAGGAAAGUAGUAUGGUCGGUCUAAAGAGAAGUGGAAAUGGUCGUGUGAGGGUAGAACUGCUUGAUGGAGAACAUAUCACCAUCGAUCUUGAUCGCAAAUCACGUGGUGCUGAUCUCGUAGACAGCGUAUGUGAAAGCCUGGAUAUAUUGGAAAAAGAUUACUUCGGACUCCUUCACACUCAACGCGGAGAUCCAAGAGUUUGGAUUGACUUGGACCGACGUCUAUCAAAGACUUUUAGAAACGAACCUUGGGACGUCCGACUAGCUGUAAAGUUCUAUCCGCCGGAACCUUCUGAACUGCAGGAUGACGUCUCCAGAUAUCAGCUUAGUUUGGCUGUUAGAAGAGAUAUUAUAGAAGGUCGUCUGUCGUGUUCACCGAUAACCUAUGCUCUGCUGGCUUCGUAUGUGCUUCAAGCUGAACUGGGAGACAGGCAGAGUCGGGUGUCCGUGGCUACUCUGUCUCAGCAUCAUGCGAUUCCACUACAUGCUGUCACAGACACCACGGAAGACAAUAUUGACCAGUUGUACAGAAAGCAUAGCGGUCAAACACCGGCGGAUGCUGAAAUAAACUACUUGGAGAACGCGACGAAACUACCGAUGUAUGGUGCCGAGGUACACAAAGCGAAAGACAGUGAGGAUAUAGAUAUCAUAUUAGCUGUCUCUGCGUCAGGGAUUACGAUUUUAAGAGACAGUAUAAUAAUGAAUCGAUUUCCAUGGACGAAGAUAUUAAAAAUCAGCUACAACAAACGCACAUACACUCUCCGACUAAGAGCUAGUGAGUUUGAUGAGUUCGAGACAUAUCUGAGCUUCAAACUGCACUCUACCCGGGCGAGCAAGCGACUGUGGCGCUGCAGUGUGGAACACCAUAUCUUCUUCAGAAGAGAGAUGCCAGUGAAAGUUGAGAGGAUAUUAGGGUUCCCUCGGCUUGGCUCUCGGCGUCUCUCAUGUAGGCGAACGUUAAGACAACUACGUACGGAACCAUUGCGGGUUGAGAUACGUGCUUGACUAUUAUUGACCUGAAUUUGAAUUUAAUGUGUAUUAAAGUUUAAGUCUUGUUGCCAUGUAAUUUAAGAAGAAUAAAAUAAAAGAAUUAAAUACUUUGA